AUGUUAAAAAGUUCAUGGGAAAAAGUUACAUUGAAAGAUUAUGAAGCUGUUCAAGCUAUUUAUCAUUCACCAUUAUUAACAGCAUUAACGACUUAUGAUAAUGUAAAAAUUAAUUAUGAAAAUGCCACUGGUUAUAUAUUUAAGAUUAGUUCAGGAUUAAUGGAUAUUUGUACAUAUCUUCGUCAACCGAAUCAUAAAUCAUUUGGACCUGCUCGUUGUAUACAAACCAUUGCUCGACCUUCUAUUGGUCUUGCUAUUGUUGGUAUAAUAUGUCUUGUUAUUGGAAUAGUUUGUACUGGUUUUGCUAAUGAAGAAAAUUGUUAUAAUCGUGAAGCUAUUUGGUUAUUUUAUUGUUCGGCUAUAUUUACUGGAUUAGGUGGUCUACUUCUUUUUACAUCUCAUUGGACAUAUUCAAUGAGUUCUGAAUUACAAUUGCCAACAGUAUAUGUUCGAUAUGGGUUUUCGACUUAUUUAAUUGUCUUAGCAGCUGUGAUAAGUUUACUUUCAAUGAGUCUUGUUCUUUGGCGAAUGUAUCUGCGUAGGGUUUAUGGCAAUCAUCGAUCAAAAACGAAUUCUACUAAACGACGUGUAUCGAAAAAGUCAAAUCAUCGUUUAUGA